AUGAGCACACCAAAAAGAGAAGACGAAGAACGAAGCACCAAGAAUGGCUUGCCUUCCACCAAAUCAGAAGCAACUGGCGAGUCAGCAAUUAGAAACUCUGGGCCUCGCCCGACAAAUAUUAGGAAACUUUCACAUCGGUCGUCUGGUAGAUCAAGUGGGUCGUCUCAUAGAAGGAGUGGCUCUUCCGAUGUGAAAUCAAGCCGACCUCCACACAAGCGACUGGAUAAUUCUGAACCGAUGCAGAGUCGCUCUUCACGCCUCAACCGAAGCAGUUCUCGGAAACAAACGUCAAGUCGAUCUCUUUCUCGCCAUGACAGUUCGAGUCGGAGAAGUAGUUCUGAAAGGGCACAAAAUCGAUCUUCACACAACAGACGUCGCAGUGGUGAUAGGCGAAACAGUGCUGAUGGAGCAUCCAACAGUCCAUCGCGGGCUACUAGGAAAAGGAGUUCUUCUGGUCGACUUUCCAGGUCGUCGCACGCCAAGCUUGGUAGUUCGGAAAGGCGAUCAAAGAGUUCGUCAUUAAGGAGUCCGAGCGAUAGUCACCACAGCCAAUCAAACAACAAACCUAGAAGGCACCACAGCACUGACAGCAUGUUAAGUCUCGGGGCAAUGGGGGUUCUUACCGAAGACGAGGAUUUCAGUGACGAAGACAGCUUCGCUGGAGAGGAAACAGAGUCGAAGCCAAGAUUAUCGAGCCAAAGCUUUCAGCGAAAAGAAGGUGGGGCAAUUUCUAGUAUGCUGUACGGAAAGGAUGGAGAUGCGAAGGCAAAAGCAAAAGCAAAAGCGUCGCGAGAGAGCUCACAGCAAGAGAUCAAGCCUGGUGUGGAACACAUCAGAGAGAAUGGUAGCACACCCGUGAAUACUUUAUACGGAAACGAUGCGGAUGCAAAGGCUAAAGCAAAAACAUCAAAAGAAAGCGGAGAAUCUGCCCGAGUUCCAGGUGUACUCGAAGUACCAAGCAACUCAACCAGGACGAUCAGUACGCUCUAUGGAAAGGACGCAGAUGCGAAGGCCAAAGCAAAAGCAUCCAGAGGAAGCGGGGAAUCUACAAGCAAACCUGGUGUAGAGGCCGUAGUCGACAAUAGCACCCACACACCGAUCAGUACGCUCUAUGGAAAUGACGUAGAUGCCAAGGCCAAAGCAAAAACAUGCAGAGGAAGCGGAGAAUCUACAUGCAAACCUGGUGUAGAGACCGUAGUCGACAAUAGCACCCUCACAUUGAUCAGUACGCUGUACGGUACUGAUUUGGAUGCCAAAGCCAAAGCAAAAUCUUCCAGAGGUGGAUCGGAAUACGCAAGCAACCCUGGUGUAGAUACAGGACUCAAUAGCAGCACCCAUACUUCGAUCAGUAUCAGUAUGCUGUACGGCACUGAUUCGGAUGCUAAAGCCAAGGCAAAAGUCGCAAGAGGUGGACCAGUGUUUGCAAGUAAUCCGCGUGUCGAAAACGUAGCGCUUCCUGCUACACUGGUGGAACAUGACGAAAUCAAUAGCGAAGAGCCUGUUGCAAGACGUCUGUCCACAACUAGUACGGGUUCCGAGUUAGGGAGUACUACAGACCCAGCACUCAAGAGUGCGAUUGACAUGGGCAACUCAUCAGAAGCCAUGGAUAACUUGCGAAUACCAAAUGAUCCUGAAGCUAUGCCAACGAAGCACAAAAACGGAAACGAUGAAGCACCGGAAAAGUCAAAGAGGAAAAAGCGGAUCGCCUGUUUCUUAUUGUUUUUGUUGCUACUUGGCGGAGGAGUAGCGGCAUGGUUCUUUCUCUCAAAGAAUGACAACAAUAGUGAAGACAGCCAGAUCAACACGACAUCGGCUGAUAUACAAGCGCCGACUGGCGCCCCAACGUCAACAACCGUGGCAACAGUAGCUCCUUCAGACGAGGGAAGUAUGACUAUGUCACCUACUUCGCCUCCUUUCUUAGCGGAUCUGUUAUUUCAGCCUCCGAACGAAUCAAAUUGCGAUGCCAUCUCAAAAAACGAAACUAUCGCUGGUCGAGACGAAAUGGACGAUGCUGUUUUUGGCCUGGGAUUGGAAGUCGUACUAUCCGAAGACCGAACGAUGACAGAACAAUUGGUGGUUGAACUGUUGGACGCGAUUCAAGAAAAGACCCUUCCGUCGUUGGCUGGCUGCAAUAUCCCUGUGGACGAGUUCGUGGAUGAUUGGCGUUUUGUUAUUUUCGAUGCCUACGUGACUGGUAGUGUCCAGUCUGAGGAAACCUGCAAAGACGAAGCACUGGCAACACAAAAUUGCCACUCUAUGUCCAUUCAACUAGAUCUGUUUCUGAAAGGACGAGUGAGGUUCCUUGAUAUCAUUGAUCUCAUAAGUGAUGAGAAGGAGAACAUCUCGAAUCAUUUGGGUUUGUCGGAUCCGUUUUCGAUUGUCAAAUUGCGCAAAAGGAUAGACAACUUGACACCGACUGCUUCUCCAUCAAGUAUGCCUAGUGAUGCUCCGAGCUUCGCACCAAGUGAGUCCCCAACAGUUCAAGACAGUGCAUUUCCCACACCUCUGCCGACGGCGACACCGACAAAGACAGUUUCUGGAGUGCCUACCCGAGCUCCAUCUUUGAUACCAACUUCGGUACCGUCAAGUGUUCCAACCACAGCCCUGCCAUCGGUAAACCCAUCCUUUCUGCCAACCAAAGUACCAUCCGAAAGUCCAAGCACUCCUCCCAGUGAAAUACCCUCAGACACCCCUUCAUUGCGUCCAUCCAAAGCACUAAGUGAGACUCCUUCAGUGACACCAUCAAUAACAUCAUCUUUGAUACCAACGUCGGCUGCAUCGCUGCGACCGACUGUUCGACCGAGCAGAUCGCCUACAAAUGUCCCAAGCGUAUCACCAACUGCUUCUCCAGCCCCAUCGAUGGAUCCGACUUCUACGCCAACUUUAAAGCCAAGUACAAUACCAUCGAGGCUACCAUCACAGACUCCCAGUUCUCAGCCAACUAUCACCAGUUUUCAUUGGGCCGCCUGUGGGGCCCGAAAUGGAUGUUCCAGUGAGCCCGCUAGUCUUCAAAACUCAAAUAAUAACAGGAUGGGAGGAAGCCCGUCCGGUCUUGAGAUUGCCGUUCGAUGUUGUUCGGACAUCUCGCUGCCAGGAUUUGAACAGAACGAUGCCUCUUGCCCAUACGCUGAUUCGGAAGUAGAUGGAGUGUGCUAUAAUUCUGUGACGUAUCAUGAAGCGGAUGCUUUGUGCAGUAGUGCGGGAGCCCGACUCUGCACAGCCAUCGAAAUUUCGUCUAACUGCGCGAGUAACACCGGCUGUGGACACAAUAAUAGAUUUGCUUGGACAAGUACUGCAGAUAUCCAACCUUCAACUACUGCUUAUUGGACUGUGUGUGGGAGGGAGGAACGCUGCCCUAUUCCUGCAUUGGCGCAGGAUGCGUCGUAUGAUAGAAUUGGAGGCGUCACUGGUUGGGAGGCUAUUGCAACUCGUUGUUGUUCGGACGCUGAACUACCAGGAUAUCGGAAACGGGAAGGUGGAAGUGUCCCAUAUGAAUCGUGCCCGUUCGCUGAGACGGAAAUUGAUGGAGUAUGCCACGAGAAUACAUCUUAUGACGAGGCUUUCAAUUUGUGUGCUGGUGCGGGAGCACGCCUUUGUACCAAGGCUGAACUGGAGAAUGGUUGCGCUGGAGGAACUGGCUGCAAUUUCGAUGACAAUAUGAUUUGGUCGAGUGACCAAUAUUACCCUUGA